AUGCACACUCAACACACCGAACUUCACAUAUUUACGGAUGCGUCUCAGGAUGCUUACGGUGCCUAUGUAUAUAUACGUACCUAUGAUGAUUGCGACUCUGACGUGGCGGUAAAUUUGUUAUGUGCUAAAAGUAAGGUCGCUCCUUUAAAAACGAUUAGCAUCCCACGAUUGGAAUUAUGUGGGGCAUUAUUAGGUGCGAAACUUUAUAAAAGGAUAAUUAGUUCAUUGCGCUUAAAAUUCGAUAACGUUUAUUUUUGGACAGAUUCCACUGUAGUGAUGGGUUGGAUACGGAUGUCUCCGCACUCUUUAAAAACAUUUGUUUAAAACAGAGUCACAGAAUUAAACGAGUUAACCGGUGACUCAAUGUGGUUACAUAUAAAAGGUAAGGAUAACCCAGCUGAUCUAGUGUCUAAGGGUCUUAACUUUGAACUGCUCACAAGGUCAGACACAUGGUGGUACGGACCUAGUUGUUUACAAGAACACAAUUUUAAGUUUAAAUCUGAAAAUUUAUUACAAACUUGCGAUAAUUUACCGGAAUUGCGAUCGAAACCUAUUGUAUUAACAUGUACAGAGCCUUGUAAUAAUAGUUUUAUCGAUUUCAAUAGAUUCUCGUCCUAUAAUAAGUUGAAGCGCGUCGGUGCGUAUGUAUUGCGUUUCAUUAAUAACACGCGUAGACGUCGUAGUAGUGGUGAGCCGCAUAACGAUAGUUUACAUUUGUCUGUGCAGGAAUUAAAUGCAUCAGAGUUAACUUUAGCGCGUAUCGCUCAGUUGCAAUCGUUUCCGGACGUUUAUCGCUGUUUAUUUAAUGAUCUUCCGCUAAAACAGGUUGUAGACAAAAAAGAAUUUAAUAAAAUCGCGAGUUUAAAUGUAUUUAUGGACAAUAACAAAUUAAUACGUGUUGGUGGUAGGCUUUCUAAUUCGACUAGUUUUAGUUUCGAUAAGAAACAUCCUAUUUUAUUGUGUGAUCCCAACGAUUUUUCUCCUCUCACCCCAGCUCAUUUCCUAAUUGGACGACCGCUGAUCUCGCCUGCCAGCAAUCUCACUGCUUGGAACACCAGCUGUCUCACUCGCUACGAAAGGGUAGAGCAAAUGCGGGAACACUUCUGGAAGCGAUGGUCGAAGGAAUUUGUGUCGGAGCUCCAGCUCCGAACCAAGUGGAAACACAAUACAGGGGACAUCACUAUUGACACCCUGGUGCUUAUCAAAGAGGAUAAUCUCCCGCCUCUGAAGUGGAGAUUGGGGAGGAUUUUACGCACCUAUCCAGGCAAGGAUGGUGUUGCUCGUGUUGCAGAUAUUCGCACAUCGACGGGCAUCGUUCAACGAGCUUUCUCAAAAAUCUGCCCGCUGCCGUUGCAGCCGGUAGACGAGGGCGCAACCAAAGAGGCCACAUCAUGCUGAGACCCUUUUUCUUUGGAAGUAGGUACUUCCAAGGCGGGGGCCAUGUUCAAGCGACAUCUAGUGGGCAGUGGCGCUUCUAAUGUGAAGUUGCCGCUUAUCAGCCAAUGAGAGGACGACGGGCGGGGGGACCUCGCCUAACUUCAUACGACUUUUUUUUUUUCUUCAUUCAAAAUAUUUAAAUUUGUAACGUUCAUCAUUUUCUUAUUCAUUAUUCGUUGUAACUUGGUCAGACAAUACACGAAAUCUUUAUCAUA